GUUUGGCCAAUGACUGAGUCUUCCCCCUCCAGUGUCAAUUCAAUUCGUGACAUGAAGUCUAACAAAAGCAAAUGUUUGGUCUUCUCUGUCUGCUGAAUGAAACCAGAAAAUGGCGAAAGUUGUGAACUUGGAACUAGAUGACGUUCAGGACAGUUCAAGCCGCUAUGAAGUCCUGGCCUGGCUUAAUAAUAAACUACAAACUAAGUUUACUAAAAUCGAAGAGAUAUGCUCAGGAGCGUGUUUUUGCCAGCUGAUGGACUGGCUCUUCCCAGGGUCCAUCGACAUGAACAAAGUGAUGUAUCAGUGUCAGACUAAAGCAGACUUUCGCCACAACUAUGGUCUUCUGCAGACAGGAUUCAAAAAAAUGGGUGUCAAAAAAUAUAUCCCAGUGGAAGAGCUUAUUAAAGGGAAAUUCAGGUCUAAUUUUACCUUUCUGAAGUGGUUCCGGAGCUUUUUUAAAGCUAACUUGAUUAGGCAGGAGUAUGACCCACUGAAGGCACGUAAUGGGCAGGAGAUUCAAAAUACACCAACCAAUCUUCGGUCUCAAAUAAGAACAAAGUCACCAAGAAACCUCAAUACCUCCGGAAAAGAAAAGGAAGAUUCCGACUCAGAUGUGGAUGUCCCUGAUAAAAGGUCUAUCACUUAUGACCCCCAGUGGGAGGAAACCUUUAACUGGGUCAAGCCAAGCACUCUGGGAAAUGUCUAUGCAUACUGUACAAUCUGUGACAUAAAUUUUACUGUGUUACACUCAGGCUUGCAUGAUUUAAAACACCACCAGCAGUGUAAAAAACACAAAAUGCAACUUAAGACAUUUAGAAAAGGUAACCAGGUUAGUGAUUUAGCUUGUAGUGAACUCAUGCUGCGCUUUAUUCAAACCUACUGUCUGCCUACUCACAGUAGGAAGGCCUCACAGCAUGCAACCAGGCAUGUUCUUGGAUUACAGUACCCAAAAGACAUUUCUACUGCUGCUAAGCAGGUCCCUUACUGCGUCUACCUUUAUGGAAAAGUGCCACUAGGUGAUAAGAGUGAGGAAGAGGACUACAGCUGUGUAGUACUUCUGGGAUUCUUUGAUGAAAAGGCUGAAAAACAUCGCAUAAGGAUUCUAGACAUUUUUCAGCGUGUAGACAAGGAUGAUGCUAUCAUUGAGUCUUUAGCGGAUAUCUUGAAAAGAUUUGAGUUACCUCUGAGCCACAUGGCAGCUUUCUAUGUUGAUGACCUAGAUGAGAUGUCUGGGAAGUUAUCCCUGAAAUUGAAGAAUCUCAAUCCAAAAGCAGUGGCUCUUGGUGGUCUUUAUAUCUUGGCAGACUCAGCCUGCAAUGCUGGAGUAAAGGCCUUUUCUGACAAGGUUCAACAGCUUAUUGUUAAUGUUUAUGAGCACUGUUCUACUUGCUGCACUAAAAAUGACAAUCUUAAGGGAUUGUUUGGUGGUGUUUGUGGCCUUGUUGGCUCUGUCCACUCUCUCUUCCAAAACAGCAAAAACUUUUGUAUCCUCAUUAACAAGAUGCUUGAAAUGUGGACAAACUUGACCUUAUAUUUUAGUUCUUGCAGUGAAAAUGAUGACAUGGCUAAACACAUUUGCUCUCAACUGAAGGAUCCCAAACUCAGGAUCGCCUUUAUGUUCUUGGACCAUGCUCUUGGACCACUUAAAAAUUUUAAUGAUCGUCUGGAAAGACGUGAGGGUUGUGCUCGUGCAGACCUUGUUCAGAUCCUACGAGAAGCAAGUGGUCUGCUUCGCUCCUAUGCCGCGACUUUUCUCUAUCCUCAGGCUGUGGUACGUUUUCUGAAAGAGCGAGACCCAGCAAUCUUCGAAGACCCAAAACUGCACCUACCUAGCAAUGAAAUGAGCUUUGGUGGGGAUUCAGUGGAGAAGUUUCUAUCUGAGAGCGAAGCAGAGCUGACUGACUUCCUGAAUGCCUUUCAGGAUGAUUGUAUGGCUUUUUAUAAGGCACUUACAGCUUCCAUUGCUAAGGGGCUACCUUUAAGUGAUGGUAUCCUGAGGAGUAUGUCUCAACUUCUAAGCCCAGAGGGACGGUUGAAGGUCACAAGCAAAAGUAUUUUAGACCUUGGUGAACAGUUUGGGCUUUCAGCCAACCUAUCACAGCUCAAAGAUGAGUUUCUAGAAUACCAGCUUAAUGAGGAAGUACAUGGUGAGGACAGUGAGAAUAAACAUGUAGAAGGUCCGUCAGAUUGUGUUCCUAGUCCUUCCUUGGAGCAUCAUUGGAGUUCUUUCCUCAAGACCACUGCAAAAACAUCUGUCUUCCGGAAACUGGUUCUUAGUCUUUUAGCUUUGCCCUGUCCACCUCUUGAAGCUGAGAAAGUCUUUGCUCAGGCAGUAGAGAAUGGGGACAUUGGUCAGUUAAAUGACCAUUUUGGAGACAGUGAUUCUGAUAACCUUAAAGAAUUGGAUUCGACCAAUGAUGGUUCAUCUUCAGAAGUCUCCAGCAGUAGGACAACACCUGACCGAAAUAGAAGGAAAAAGAAACCAUCAAAAAUGAGUGACCUUUCAGUCUCAUUGAAGAAUUGCACGGUGCGACUGCAGAAGAUUACCAAUAAGACAGUGAUGAAAAUAAACAAGGAUGGUGGCCAUGUCUUUACUGAAGAUGACAUUGUCUGGACUAAUGAGACAAAAAGUGAUGAAAGCCCAACUGUAUCAAGCAUCACUACACCAAGUCCCAGGCCUGGAAAGAGAGGUCAAGUGUACCAGGAUGGAAAGCGUUUUGGUGUUGGAGAGCUGGUAUGGGGGAAAAUUAAAGGACACUCAUGGUGGCCAGGUAUUGUGGUGGCCUGGAAGACAAAAACGUCUCCCCAACUUAUAAGAUGUGUGGAAUGGUUUGGGGAUGGCAUGUACUCAGAGAUUUACACAAAGUGGCUUUUACCUUUUGCAGCAUUUGCAAAGUGCUUUUGCAAGAAAUCAUUUGCCAGUCUUCCCACUUACAAAGAUGCAAUUUACCAAGUUCUUGAGUUCGCAGGUGAGCGUUGCUCAAAAACAUUUGCAUCUUCGGGCAACAAACAAGAAGAAACAAAGGCCAUGAUAGACUGGGCUUUGGGGGGCUUUCAACCCACGGGCCCUGGAGGUUUUGCACCUCCAAACAAUUGUGCUUCAUCUGUUAAUCCUAAGGCUGAGUCUUCAGACUCCUCCGUAUCUGAUUAUCAACCUCCAGCCAAAAGAAAAUAUGUUCAUAAAGGCAGACCAUCUGCAACUCAGGAGUACACAAAAGAUCAAAUGGUUCAUGACGUUUCAGUUCAAGGAAAAAACAUUGAAGAUUACUGCCUCUCAUGCGGCUCUGCAAACAUUGAGAUUUUCCAUCCACUCUUUGAAGGGGGCCUCUGUUUGAAAUGCAAGGAGAAUUUUACAGAGACUCUAUACAGAUAUGAUGAAGAUGGAUAUCAGUCUUAUUGCACUAUCUGCUGUGCUGGACUGGAAGUUAUUCUGUGUGGCAAUGCCAGCUGCUGCAGGUGUUACUGUAAGGACUGUAUUAAUAUACUGGUUGGACCAGGGACAUUUGAAAAGUUGAUAGAUGUAGAUCCAUGGAGCUGCUACAUUUGCCUGCCCCCUAAGAAAUAUGGUGUGCUGAAGCUCAGACCAGACUGGAGUGUGCGUGUUCAGGAGUUCUUUGCCAAUAACAGUGCCCUUGAAUUUGAACCACACAGAGUUUACCCCUCAAUUCCCGCUCACAAACGCCGUCCUAUCAGGGUUUUGUCCCUCUUUGAUGGAAUUGCUACAGGUCAGUUUCUGGGUUUUGCUUUGAUAAAAACCAGAAAUAGAGAUAAAACAAAACAGAAACAUAAUUAUAAUAUGUCUGUUUCGAUAGGCUACCUUGUUUUGAAAGAUUUAGGCUUCAAGGUAGAACGUUACAUUGCUUCUGAGAUCUGUGAAGACUCCAUCGCUGUAGGAAUGGUCAAACAUGAAGGAAAAAUUGAAUAUGUCAAUGAUGUGCGUACCAUCACCAGGAAACAUUUGGCAGAAUGGGGACCAUUUGACCUUCUGAUUGGUGGCAGUCCCUGUAAUGACCUAUCCAUAGUAAACCCUGCCAGAAAGGGUCUUUUUGAGGGCACAGGCCGCCUGUUCUUUGAGUAUUACCGCAUGCUAACCAUGAUGAGGCCAAAAGAAGAUGACAAUCGACCGUUCUUUUGGCUUUUCGAGAAUGUUGUGGCCAUGAGUGCGCAUGAUAAAGCUGACAUUUGUCGAUUUUUGGAGUGUAAUCCUAUCAUGAUCGAUGCUGUAAAAGUGAGUCCGGCCCACAGAGCACGCUACUUCUGGGGCAACCUACCUGGAAUGAACAGACCAGUGGCGAUAUCAUCUAGUGACACAGUAGAUCUGCAGGACUGCCUGGAAUCCGGUCGGGUCGCCCAGUUUAAUAAAGUACGCACCAUCACAACAAAAUCUAAUUCUAUUAAGCAAGGGAAAACGGGGCCUCUUCCUGUUACCAUGAAUGGGAAAGAGGAUUACCUGUGGUGUACAGAGAUGGAAAGGGUGUUUGGCUUCCCUAAACAUUACACUGAUGUAAACAACAUGUGUCGAGGCCAGCGACAGAAGGUUCUUGGGCGUUCCUGGAGUGUUCCUGUGAUUCGUCACUUAUUUGCACCACUAAAGGAUUACUUUGCAUGCGAGUCUUAGUUAUCCUUUAAUAACUAUCAUCUUAACGACCUUGAUAUUUAAAAGGAUAAGAAGAAUAACAUUGCGGCAUUUUCUACCUACAACCCUAAAGUCUAUGUUUCUUAAAAAUUUUUUAUUAAUGAAUUUAUUAGUGUUUUGCAAACUUCGACCUCAAGGAAAAUCUGUUUUAUGACACUUUUAAAGUCAUUUUAAAGUCACCUGAUCACUUUGUCAGCUUGAUCGUGGUCAGAACGCACAGACACUUUUUGGUUCUUUGUAUUUUAUACAUCUUUUGUACUGUUGAUCUAGUUUGGUUUAGACUGCCUUUUUAGACUGUCAUAAUUACAAUGACGUGCUAAAGAGCCACUGAAACCCCACUCCACUACCUCAGUUAUAAUCUGUGACUGGUGCAUUGUCUGGAAAAAAUACUGUUUACCUAUUUAUCUGUUAAUGAAUGACAGAGAAUUGGGCUCAGGCACUCUUAAUGUUACACAGGCUUAUCGGGUCAGACGUUUUUAUAACUACUCAUUAGGAUGGUCAUUUUAACUCAUGUAAUCAUGUACAGUCAUUUUCUUUUAAUUCUGUGUUUUUGUGUAAAAACAUCAUCAGAGCGGGCCUUAGUAUUAGGCAGAAACAUUGUGCCAUAAUUUAUUUAACAAAAAUGCAAAAAGAAAAAAAAAACUUGCCGGCAAAAAUUACUGCUUCCAUAGGAUUUAAGACGGUAAAGUUCAUAUGGGGUUAUAUUUUUCUAAUACUAAGACCCACUAUGAUCAGAUAAUUUUAAUUUAAAGAAUUUAAAGAGGGGGUACUAACUUUUGAGCAUGUCCCUAUCUUCAAGAAACUUUUAUUUUUCUUCCUCGGUUUACAUAUUACUUUUACACUACCCAUACUGGUUCUCUUGACAAUGUUUAAUGUAAUCAUGUGAUAUAUUUUUAUAGUACAAAUCCAUAAGGAGAUUAGAAUACAAAAGAAAUCUAACUGAAAAAUGAAUAAGCAGCAACUUGCUCAUGUUGACAGCUUUACUUUUGAGCUUCUGGUGCUGAUAUCGUUUUUAUUAAGACUUCUUAGAAUAUAAAGCUGAAGAAAAGGCAACUUCCUUUUAUAACAUAAGUGCCUACAAGAGGACUGUUAGUUCGUGACGGUAUUUUGAACAUGACUACUCCUAUUCCUUAAUAUAUUUUAACACAACUACCAUUACCGUUUCAUUUUAAAUCAGGUCACAUCAACAUUUUAUGUUUUGUUCACAUUUAAAAUUGACGGAAUAAAAAAUAUAGAAGUAAUGUUCUAGGCCUAUAGGUAAAUAAAUUUAUCCAGGACAGAUCAAGGUGCUAACAAUGCAGCAUUUUCUUGGUGCAUGGUGCUUAUAAUGUAGAAGUUGUAAAAUUAGUAUUUAUUCUGUAUACAUAAAUAUGCUAAUCAUUUGCUGUUUCCUAGCCUUUCAAUUAAAUCAGAGCAGUGCUUCAUAAUGCAGUGGUCACAUCGGUUGUGAAAUCUGAAAUGGUGAUAAAGUGCAUGUAUAUGGAAGCAUUUUAGGAUGCAUAGUCUGACUGGCUGAAUGCUUUAGAAUUUCAAGUACAUAAUUCAUGUAGGGUAUGUGAAAUGUCUUAAUGUUUCUUUUUGUAGCAUAGCAAAUGUUAGCGUAUCAGGAGAAUUUACUUAAGCUAAACAUUUUACAGCAGCAGGUUUUUUUAUCUAUUUUAGAAAAUAACUUUAUUGUUUUAUUAUUCUUAUUAUUAUUGACCAAACAUUGGUGCUCUAGUCUUUGUGGUGCUAUAGUCUUUCUAAUUAUUUUCUUUAUGUUUUGAGAGUGAUUUAAGUUUUGUUUUCUUGAACUUUUCUAUGGAGUCAUUAUGUUAACAAUUUAUUUCUGUGUUCAGUGAUCAUUGUUGUAGAAGCUCAGAAUUGUCUCCUAAGUGUCGAACAUGAAAGCCAUGUAAGAUAAGUCACAACUUAUAAACAGGGCCAAGUAAAAAGGUUUUUUAUCUUGUAACCUGGUGCUACACUAAGCUUGGAUGACAUGUGAUGUAACUGACAAAUAUACUGUUUAAUGUGAUUCUGCUUUGUUUUUGUUUUUUAACAUUGUAGAAAUAAAGACCUUGUUAUCUUUUGGA